UCCAAGUAGAAAUGUCAAAAUGGCGUCAACGCAGGACGCUUGGUAUAUUUCUUUACUUGGUUUAGCAGAACAUUUCCGUACAUCAAAUCCUCCUGACAUAAAAAGUUGUAUCCAGUGCCUACAGGCCGUGUUUAAUUUCAAACCGCCGCAAAGGGUCGAAGCCAGGACUCAUUUACAACUCGGAAAUAUUCUUUUGACACACACCAAAAACAUCGACUUGGCGAGGACGCAUUUAGAGCAGAGUUGGUGUCUUUCUCAGACCAUCAAUGGGUUUGAUGAUGUCAAGUUCGAGGCAGCGAGCGUGUUGGCUGAGCUGUUCGAGCAACAGGGCCAGCCAACUCACUCCAAACCCAUUCUACGGAAAGCUAUUGAGUUAUCUCAACACAGUGUUUACUGGCACUGCAGGCUAAUAUUCCAAUUGGCACAAAUUCAUGCCACAGAGCGAGAAUAUGAAGUGGCUAGCAGUCUGCUAGCAGUGGGUGUAGAUUAUGCACAAAUUUCCAAUGCUGCAUAUACCAGAGUGCUGUUUUUACUUAGUAGGGUUAUGUUACUACUUAUAGAUAAAAAGAUCCAAGAGGUUCUACCAUUGUUGAACCAGGCAGGACACCUUGUUGACUCAUGGACGGGCAGUCCUCACCAGAAGGAAUAUUUGAAGGUUUUCUUCCUUGUGUUGCAGGUAUGUCACUACCUUAUGGCUGGGCAGGUGAAAAGUGUGAAGCCGUGUCUGAAGCAACUACAGCAGAGUAUACAGACGAUCAUGGCACCCACGUGGCCUGAUGAUGAUGCCGUGUGCGGCAGCGCGGCGGGGGAGUCGUUCGUGUGGCUGUCGCGGCAGCAGCUGUACGUGCUGGUGUAUCUGGUGACCGUGAUGCACUCCGCGCAGGCCGGAUACAUGGACAAGGCGCACAAGUACACGGAGAAGGCGCUGGCGCAGAUAGACAAGCUGGCUGGUAGCGAGGGCGAGGGCGCGCAGACAACGCAGACAACGCAGACAGCGACCACAAGCGGGCCGCGCAGCGCGGCGUCGCUGGCGUGGCGACUGCGCAUGGCCGUGGUGGAGCACGCGGCGCUGUGCCGGCUGGUGGCGGGCGGGAAGGCGCUGGCGCUGCACGAGAUCGCGCGCGCCGCGCAGCUGCUCGCCGUCGCUCCCGAACCCAGCAGCGCGGCGGCCCACACGCCGCAGCUGCAUUGUCUGCUGGGGCUGUAUGCGAUGUCCAUGAACUGUAUGGAGGCUGCUGAGGCGCAAUUCCACACAGCUAUCAAUAUGUCACAAGAGCGUGACCUGUGGAUGUUCGCGAAACUGAAUUUGGCUAUCGUGUACCUCCGCGCGAGGAGAGACAACGAACUCACGCAGCUCAUGGAGCAGGUGCGUCCGGAGUCGCUGCCGGCGUACGCGCACGGACUGCGUGCGGCCUCGUACUACGUGCUGGGGCUGCAGGCCUUCUUCCAGGCGCGAUACAACGAGGCCAAGCGGUACCUCCGAGAAACGUUAAAAAUGGCUAACGCGGAAGACUUGAACCGGUUGACGUCGUGUUCGCUGGUGCUGCUGGGCCACAUCUUCCUGUCCAUCAGCAACAGCCGCGAGAGCAUGAACAUGGUCACCCCCGCCAUGCAGCUGGCCAGCAAGAUACCAGAUGUCCACGUGCAGCUUUGGGCUUCUGCUAUACUUAAAGACUUGUACCGGCUAGCGGGCGACUCGGAGCGCGAAAACGAAGCGUACCAGAUGCACUGCAACUUCUCCGAAGCGCUACUAAAGGACCAUUAUACCGCCACUCAAAUGCCACAGCACCAGCUCAUACAGUGGACCACUGGACCCCCACCCGCCUUACCGCCACCGCCCAACGUCACGCAUAACACAUAAAAACAUGGAUGUAGUUAAAAUAUUCAUACAAGAAAUACAUCAUAGGGUUUAGAAUGUAUAAGCCCCAACCAUAUGAGACUCAAAUACAGAGUGAUGAGUUUGGGGUGAGCAAAAGCCUAAUGACAGAACGAUACCAUGGCGGCUGUAGAACUAUGGCGACAUCUGUCUAGCCACAAGUGAUGGCACGCCGUCGCGACACACUGCAAGAGAUUCCAUAGAUGGCGCUAAUGGCAUAUUCUGCCAUAAGUCUGAAUCGCGACGUUGGAAUUCGCAAGAUAAGAUGUAGGAUAACUUUUAUCCUUCAUUUCAAAAUAUAUUGGGCAUUGAUAAAAAACGGAAUAAAGUGGACCUCCCUCAAUGACGUGGCAUUGCUUACGAAAGAUGAUCUUAGAUCGAUUUUUUGCUUGAAGAUUCGACUAGUAGAUGUAUACUUUUAUAAAACGAGCUCUAUACACUGCCUUAUCUAAAAGAAAUUGCAUUCAAAAGAAGAUGUCAUUUCAUUAUCCAUUUUGUAUGAGCUGCUCCAAAUGUCUUAUUGGUCGUCUACAUAAGAAGUAAGGAUACUAAAGUACAUAUUUAUCUAGAGAACAAGAACAGUCAAGACCAUUUGGAACAAGAGAAUUAAAAAAUAGAAUUAUCUGGCACUGGCAAUUCCAUAUUCCAUAAGACAUUUUAGCAUUCAUAUAUAUAGGUGUAUUCAAUAAAUCUAAAGCCUUAAAGACCAGUGGUGUGAAGUGUGCAAAUGACAAUUCAAAGUACAUCGGAAGUGACUUUUGGAAGUUGACAGUGUGGCCUAAAAACACAGACCAAAAUAAGUGAUAUUUCACAGUGACUUAAUAACUUAGUGGAUGAGUGUCCAUGAUCUGAUUAGUGACUUGUGUAAAUGUGCGUAUGAUAACCGAAUGGUUGUAAAUUUGUGUAAGUUGCCUUCCAUUGGUUUAUGUAGUGGUAGAACUAUUAGAUUAAUUGCACUGAAAAUUUUAGAGAAGUUAAUUUGAUACAUAAUCAGCAGUCUGUUUUAAGUGUCUAUUUAAUUAACAUAUUUUACUUUCCUAGACCAUCAAAACUAUGAAUACCCUAAAAGUGAGGUUUUGAGGUAAAUGGCAUGAUUAGCGGCAUCAGCCGACAGUCGAAUAUAACGUGCAAUAAGGCCUCGUUCACACAGGCGCUUUUUCAACGUAUAAAAAUGCAUUUAAAUAGAAACACUUUUAUGGCGAAUAUUUAUUGUCUUAUUUUGUGCACUGUGCCUUGGAUUUUCAGUUGUUACGAAUGUCAAGAGUCAAGAGCUUUUUUAUAUCUAUGUGAGGGUAAUUUUGCACUGGUGCAAUUUGUUCUUGUUUUAGUAUCAACUGAGUACUAAUCAUGCAAUGAAGACUGUCCAGCCGCUACUUGCUUUGUUCCAUAAAUUAAAUUACAGGCGCACAUCUUACCCAACUAAUGUAAAAUAUCUUGUACACUUUGCCAGUUGUAAAUAUCAUUGCUCAAUCUGCAUAUUGCCUUUUCAAGCUUGUAGAUUUUGUACAUGUUAAGUAAAAUCUAUGUAAAUGUAAGUAACAAUUGUCAGUAUGUUCAAAACUGUUUUCGUUUUAUAUAUAUACUACGUUUCUGAGCUAUGAAAAAAUACUGACAUCUUACAUGGUACUUUGUCAGUAUGUUGGACGUCUAUAAAUGAUAGAAUGCUCAUUUACUCAGAUGGCUCAGAAAUGGACCAUAUAACAAAGUAGUCGGUGAAUCUCCGAGCGUUUCGACCGCUGCGGCCGCGCCAUCAUUAUGAUCCGUCAAAUGAUCUCAGUUUUCUUGAGGAAUCAUUUCCAAAAUCAAUCAUUCAUAAAAUUGACAUUGACAAAAGUACAGAUGAAUGAUUUUGAAGUCCGAUUCUUGUCUUUGAAAAAUUUGAAUUGGAAAGAAUAAAAAAUUUGGAAAAUUGCCAAUGACGCGCGGCCGCAGCGUUCGGAACGCUCGGAGAACCAUCCAGUCCUUCAUGAUAAAAGUGUAUUAAAUCAAAGCUACAGUCAAGAUCUACACGGUUUACACGGUUGUUUAUCACACACUUGUACUUUGGGCAAACGUGGGGUCUGCGAGGUGAGGGGCGGGGACGAGAUCCAUACUAUUUUGAAAUUAUGUCAGUGGAGUCAAUAUCAAGCUGAGACUACAUGAAUUAUUAAACUGUGGUAUUAGAGUCUUUAAGAACAAGAAACCGAUAUUUCUUGUUCUUAUAGUUGCUAUUAUAUAAAAUGAUUUCUUAUGAACUUAGACACUCGACUUCGCAGUCAUAUUCCUGACUUGGCAUGGUUGAGGGUCGUGAUCAUUACGUGGAAUUAAACACACAAAACAACUUUCUAAACUAUUAAUGUAGUGGUUUGCCAUUGCCCUCUCCAUUAGACACUCAUAUAAAUAGCAUUUAAUGUGCAGUUUUAAAAGGGGGUUUUCAUAUAAUACCAUUUUCAAAGCCUACUUAAAAGGAGGGUCCUUCAUUUUUCUUUUGCACAAAUAAGUAUUUAGUAGACAUUUAUCAAUCUUUUUUUAUUAGGUAUUUAAGUUUAAUGCUGGGGACAAGCCAUUAAUAUAAUUGAAACAUAAUAGGUGUUAUUUUAACAUUCUAAGUGUAAUGCUUGGUAUUUUUUCGAUUUCAAGUUGACGAGAGGGCGAAGUGCGGGUUUGCAUUUCACUUCUCACUAUCGAAUCGAUUCGAAGUGAGAUGCAGCGAACCAAUCACAUUUCGGUGUGGUUGUCGUUGCGUCACUGCGUCUUACUGCGAGUCGACUCGAUGGUGAGAUUUCAAUAGCAAAGACGCACUACACACACAGUUUACUGUUCAGAAUUUGUUCAGAGAAACUCUUCAAAUUCCACACUCCAUACCUGGACAAGUUCUUCAAUUAUCGAUACCGAUUGGUCCGAUUGAUAAGUUUUGGGUCGAAUCUAACAUACUCUCUAAAUAUAGUUAUUUAUUUAUAAUUUUUAUAAGGUUGCAAUGUGUUAGAUAUAACGAAUUCAUAUAACCAUGGUCACUUACUGAAAUUUACGUAAAAAUAUUGUCGGUAAUAUCAGUUUAACGUUUUGACACUAUGAGGUCCCGUGCGCAACACAAACGUCAAAUUUUCUUUGAAAAUCGACCUUUAACUAUACCAGCGCCCCUAGCGGCAAAUUCAUGCCUCCAGAAAAGUACGACAUUAAAAUAUUUUGUGAUAUCAGAAAGGCAAAAUAGUCAUAUCGUCCCUUUCAUUUUACUUUAUGACAAUAAAUUCAUAUCAGACUCUCGUCUGUAUUUAUAGGUUGUUUCUGUGUUUUUUAGUGUUAUUGUAUAAAAUCAUCCUCGACCCACCCAUUGAUGUUAUAAUUUUUUUGUAAAUUUAAUUUUCAACUUUAUUAUCGAAUGAAAGAUAAGCAAACUUGCAAGGUUUUAUUAUAGCAGGUGUAAUACAAUGUUCAGAACAUAUGCGUGUAUUUGUACAAUCAUACUUAUCAACCAUACCUUUAUUUGUAAAUCAUAUUGAUUCAAUGAAUUGAAAAUGUAAGCUUUUAGAUAUUUUGAGUGGGUCCCGUAAAAUUAGUCAGAUCUCAUUCAUUCAUUUUAUAAUGAGGUAUUAAGACUUAUGGCGCGAAUCGACAGAGCGAGAGGUCGAUGUAGAUUGUAUGGCAACUAAGGGUGCCGAGGACCUUGGAGAAGAAAAUGUAGAAAAACGCUCUAAGGCAUGGGAAGAAACCGGGAAAUCGGGAGAGAGCGCUUGAGUGUUGAAAGAGAUAUAGAAACUACGAAAGCCGCGAUACCAUCCACAGACAUACUUAUAAAUAUUUUAAGAUCUUCAGUUGUACACUUAGCUGGCAAAUAAAUUAAUAUAAUGAAUACUCGAACUUCGCGAAUUGAAUGUUCGCGCCACGAGUCUAGCCCGUUUAAACACGAUGUGAAAAUGCUUUUUAUCAUAAAAAGUAGGUUCUAGAUCUAUGUAUCACAUUAAUAAUUUGUUUCUAUAGAUGGUCUUUGAAAUUUUGAAUAUCUUCGUUAUUAAAUUAUAUAAGGCAUAGUACAAUUUUGAUUGGAUUACGAUAAUUAAGUAGUUUAUCUAACUUAUUUUUAGUAUACUUUUUAAUUGAAGAUUAUUUAUGGUUAACUUAUUUUUUUGGUCGGUAUUAAUACCAUCUAUCGAAACAGUGUAUUUCAGUGAUGUAGCAGUAGCAUUAUUAAAAAUUAAGUGACUCUCUCGCGUGACUACGGCCUUUGUGCAUACGGCUAGAGCUUAUAUAUAGUCAUACUGGGUUUAUAUACUGCUGGAUUUUCAUGGUCUAUGGCCAAGCUUAAUAAUAUUAUACUAGCAGUUUAACUUAUCUUUUUUGCCGUGUGCACACUACAUUUAUUUACUCAAAAUAUAAUUAUGUAUCGACACUAGGUUGCAAAAUUUGAAAUAUCAUUAUAUAAUAAUGACAAAUAUAUUUAAUUAAAUGCGAGUAAAUAAAGUGACCAUAAAUAUUAUAAAUAGAUAUCGGCUUCAAGAUGUUUUGCUUAUUGAGUCUACUUGUAUCUGAAAGGCCAAGAAUAGUACGCAAUAGAGAGCAUAAUUCGUCGAGAGCGUCUUUGAAAAUAAUCACAACUAAUUAUUGGUAAUUCUAAAUUUUCUUUAUAUCGUUCCAAUGAAAUUUCCGAUGAGAUUUUUCUUGAAUAUCUGCGAGAUUUCUCAAGGGGGGAAAUUCCCGAGAGCAGAGAAUAUCUCAGCGGCACGUCGCUAAUCAAAAACAUUUUGUUCGGUUCAUAGAAUAACACGUCAAAAUACUCUGAUUUUCGUAUGGUCAUGGGAUUUUAAACCUCCGCUAGAUUAUAAUUUAAUUGUAAGAGAACGAUGCUGUAAAGGCAAGUAGUUGAAUCGAAGAUGCGAUAAGCGGAAUUCGGAGGUUCAGAAUUCAAGGAAUUACAUUCUGACGGACUGAUAAUACUAUUGUACAUAAUGUGUUAAAUAACGAACUUGAGAAAGAACAAAUCGUCUCGUAUUUAUUAUUAAUAUUUUUCGUAGUGUUAUCAUCUUGUGCGAGCGAAUGUUGUUGACGAUACUAGUUAAUUAAUUCUAAUGUUAUGAGAGCUUGACGCAGAACCUCGCAAAAUGUCAUCGUGGAUUUUGGUCACUGUCGCAAAAUUUUAUUUUCUCAAGAGACAUUUGGUCUUUUGGGAAAAUAAUGACAUUUUGCGCUCAACGCUACAGGAUCGAAAAAGUAAUUUCGUUAUGUUUAACUAAUAUAAAAUAAUACGUAUUCUAUAGUAAUGAUGAUAAAAAGUUAUGAAUUGCGAUUUGAGAAAAUUAAUUUAUUCCAAAGUGAUCAACUUUUUUAGAUUGGCUUUUUGCGAAAGAUGUAAAGUGCGUCAAGUGUCUGCCGCGCCUCGUCUGUUUUGUUUCAUUAUUUAAUUUUCAAUGGUCACAAUACCGUCGUCGAAUAUAGCCAUGUCCAUAUAUUAUUUUUGUAAAAUAGCAUACGAGAGGAUCGCUACCUCUGUUCAUGAUUUAAACACAUUCGAUUCAUUAUAUUUAAUGUGACCACACACCAGGCAUGCGAUUCGGCGGUUUUAUUACAUAUAUAUUUUUUAUUUUGAAUAAUUCCCUUACUAACAGUUAGGUGUGGCCUUAAUAGGGGUACAUUUGCUGUUGUUAAUAUGUAAAUAAAAGUUGAAUUAUUGUAAAUAAUAAAAAUUAUAAAAUAUAUGUUUUUUGCUAACAAA